AUGGAAAAGCAAAGUCAGUCUGGGAGCAGGAUUCCGUCUGUUUCAGAAAUGGAUGCGAGGUUUGAGGCGAGGAUGAGGAUGUAUAUGGGGGAGAGGGUGAUGCAUGGGAGUGUGGAAAGAGAGAGAGGGCAACAGAAAGAGAUGAAAGGAUUAGGGAAGCGGAAGAGGGAUGAAAAGGAUGUUGACGAAGAAGGCGAAGAGAAAGAGGAGGAGACCAAUAGACAGGAAAAAGGGAAAGCAGAGAAAGAAGGUCGACCCCGGAAACUCACCGUGAAGUUGAAAUUCACGGCCUGCCCCGUGGUGAGGAGUGACAAAGAUAAACCUUCAUCAUCACCAUCAUCAUCAUCACCACCAUCUUCCCCACCAUAUCAACCAAGCCAAUUCACCCGCACCCAAACACCAACCCAGGCUCCGCAACCGCAAGCACAACAAACUGGUCCUUCUAAAGUCCCAACCCGACAAUCGACCCGCAACCAACCCGCUCCAACCACGACACCAAUGCCCCCUUCCCACCUGCGCAUCACAAACGAAGCCCCCAUUCCCUGGGCGCCCAUCCCUCUCCCGUGCGCGCUCCUGCCGGACGACCACGAAGGCGCGCGAGCAGCGUGGAAGCGGCUUUUUCCGCACGAAGCGCCGUUGGGCGAGUACGGCGGGAAGCCGACGGGGUGGAUGGCCAAGAUGACGUGGAAGAAGGGGAGAGGGUGGGUGGAGAGGAAGGAGGCGGAUGUGUAUGUCGAGAGGUUUUUGGGGAGGGUGCCGACGAGGAGCGAGGAGGGCAGGGUUAGGAGGGGGUAG